UAUUUAUAUAAAUAAAAGUUAGUCACGAUGUUAAAAAUGAUUCCCAGUGUUGCACGAAACCCGGUUAAGUAGUGGAUGUUGUACGUGUAGUUACGUAUCGCGGCUGUGUAACGAGAUGUUGCGGAAGCGAUAAAACACUAUCAUGUAGGUCUCUGGUACGGGUAAAUAAAUAAGAAGCGUUUUUCUUUUCAUAUUUUCUUUUCUCUUGUACCGGGACAGCUGGAAAUUGGUUGAUUAGUCUCUUCCGUUCGUUCAGAGCGAUUAAAAAGAUCGCUAGUGUGGAUUUGGUGAGUCGGGAUGCUGCAGGCGAUGGACCCAACGCAGCUGGAAGACUCACCGAAGAGGCGAUCAACCUUCUACGUAUCUCUGGAUGGGGAGCCGCGGCAUUUGGCCAAAAUAGCGAAAACGAUACAAUCCGGAGAUUCGGGGGCUUUCCACCACGCCUGUAACACCUUUCCGAUAUGCGGCUCGUCCUCGAAGGGCUGUUCGGCCUCCGGGACGCCGAGUCUCGUGCUGACGCGGACGUCCAGUGCCGGAAGUGGGUUCGAACCGGAAGUCGGUAAAGUGCAGUCACUUUCGCGGCUCUUCGAGGCACCGGCGAAAAACGGCAGCAGCAACAAGCCGGAAGAGCAGAAGGCGAAAAAGGUCGUUCGCGCGAGGUCCUUUAAGACCAUUGAGAAGUUCCAGAGUAGAUUCACAGGCCGGAAGGCGGCUCCGAUUAUACAGGAACAGCAGCCGGUUACCUCAGGGGUUCAGAGCAAGGAGGACAAGCUUAGGGUUAGCGAUGCCAUCGCCGCUUUUGAGGCAAGUCCCAGGAAUCUCGGAGGGCCGUUGGACCGCUCGGUAGCCUCGGAAUCUCUUAAGGAGAGCGAAGGAUCCACACCACAUGGAAAAACCGGAAGGACCAAGCAACUGGAGCCGGCUAAAAACGCCAAGCAAAGCAAUGGAGGCGCUUUUACAAAUCUGAUUCGAAGGACUCACAGCACCAAACUCAUCCGGAGUUCGAGUGCCUUAAUCACGGCUGCCGGGAAGUAUCCUUCGACCGAGGAACACCCGCAGGAUCACAGAUUCGAACGGAAGAUGAACGGGCACAGGAAUCACUUGGAGUGCAUCGAUCGGCUCAACGUCAACGUGGUUUUUGACGAUGAGGAACGCGCCGAUGAUACUGAAGAACGUGAGGAUGGCGUGCAUUCAGAUACCUCCUACGAAAAAGCCUGCCGGCGAGGAAGCGCACCGGCUACACCCGUGCUGGGUGCCCGACCCCUUGACGUCACCCCCAACCGCAUAGUGAAUUUCUUCUCCAAGAGAUCGUUUCGAUCGAAUCCCCUGAAACGAACGAAAAGCGUAACGAAACUCGAGCGACAAAAACAACGCGGAGCAGCCGGACUGAGGGGUUGCCGUUCGCACGAGUCGCUUCUCUGCGGACAAGCUGUGACCUCGAUGGACUUGGCUGCUGUAACGCCUCUGCACCCGAGCCUCCUUGGCCGACAGCAUUGUUUCCAAGUAACGCCUAGCAGCGGUGUGCCAAAGUACUUUAGCUGCAAGAGUGCCCAAGAGAGGGAUCAGUGGGUUCACAGCCUUCGGAAGUCCGUGCAUCCGGACGAGGGUCAAAAACGACGUACGGAUAAUUCCCUACAAAUAUGGCUGCUGGAAGUCAAGGGCAUACCCUCGAAGAAACGAUACUUUUGCGAAGUCUCCCUCGACGCCGGCCUUUACGCCAGGACUACUUCCAAACUUAAGGGUGAACUAUGCUUCUGGGGUGCUUACUUCGACCUACCUCGUCUACCAGCCGUCAACAAUAUUUACGUUAAUCUCUACAGAGAAGCUGACCGGAAGAAGAAGAAAGACAAAAACGUACUUAUCGGCUCGGUGACAAUUCCUGUCAAGGAUGUGACCUCUCGCUACGUGACAGAAAAGUGGUAUCAAGUUAUAGGUGACAAGGGUCAGCUGAAAGAAUCGCCAGCAUUACGUGUCAAGUGUCGUUUUCAAUCGGUUGAUAUUCUACCCGUCCAUGUCUAUCAGGACUUUUUGGAGUACUUGAAGAACGACUACAGAUCGCUUUGCGAAGCUCUCGAGCCUGUGAUUGGCGUCAAAGCCAAAGAGGAUAUAGCUACUGCUUUGGUAGCUGUCAUGCAGCAAGAGAAUAAAGCGCCACAGUUUCUUGCCGAUCUAGUCAUGAUGGAUAUCCACAGAAUCGAUGACGAAAGAUUAACUUUCCGUGGUAAUUCGCUAGCAACCAAAGCAAUGGAAGCGUAUCUGAAGUUGACAGGGGAUGAGUACCUUCAGAAAACUCUUUGCGCUGCUGUACGAGGUGCAGCUGAGGGUGGAGACUGCGAGGUAGAUCCUCUGAAGGUGGCAUCAGCUGCGGCUCUUAGAGCGCAGCAACAUAAUCUUCGAGUGGCGGUUGAAACUGCUUGGAAUAAAAUAUUGGCCAGUCAUACUCACUUCCCUGUCGAAUUAAGAGAAUGCUUCAGAAUAUUCAGAGAACGUCUCAACGAGAUGGGCCGCCUCGAUAUCGCUGACAAUCUGAUAUCAGCCUCCAUAUUUCUCCGGUUCCUCUGUCCAGCCAUUCUCAGUCCCUCUCUAUUCAAAAUCACCGAUGAACAUCCAAAUGAGAAGGCUGCUAGGAACUUGACAUUGGUAGCAAAGACUUUGCAAACAUUAGCAAAUUUCACAAGGUUCCAAGGAAAAGAGAACUUUAUGGAAUUUAUGAAUGAUUUCUUGGAACGAGAGGCGCCGGCGAUGAAGAACUUUUUGCAGUUAAUAAGCAGCCCAUUAUCAAAAGAUGCCCCGUCAAAUAAUUCAUUGGAAUUCGAAGGCAACAUAGACCUUGGUAAGCAAUUAUCCCUGCUGCAUUCACUGUUGAGAGAAAGCGGAUCAGCGAUAAGUGCUCUGCCUCAAUUGGGUGGAAUCCUCGACAAGAUAUCACUGGCCCUUGAGCAGCCAGGGCCAAGUUCUUCGGUACCAACGACUCCGCGGUACUCAAAUCUGCAGAACAACAUUUUUCGGUAUAACGAUCCAACGAUUGCAAACAGCAACACGAACCUGUCUAUAUCGGCGACGUCCACCAUUAGUAAUCAGAGCACUCUGAAUAGUACCUCCAGAGACGGCAGCGAAGUAAUGCAGUCGAACACACUUGGCCACAACAGUUCUCGCAGUCCGAAUGUUGUUCGUGCAGCGACACUGCCCAGAAACGCUUAUCUGCCCAGUAAUGGUAAACUCCAGCUGCAGAUAAGCGGUGACGAUUAUCCGCUGGAAUCAACAGCCUUUGUUUCUCGAUCGCCAACCCCGAUGGCCAGGCAGCACAGACACUUGACCUCGAACAGGAGCGGACCAGGUUACAGACUGACGGCUAGCACCAGCCUGGCGAACGUUAACCAUUGCCAGAAUCAUCAGACGAGCCCGAUGAGGUCGGAGAGCCAUUCAAAUCUCAAAGAUUCUAACUACAAUAUCAACAACCAUGGUAACGUUGGUAAUAACGGAUCCAUCGGGCAGCACCAUCGGCAUAAUAUAGCCAGGCUCCAGAGUCUGGAUAUCAACGAUCAGGACAAUUAUAAUCAUAAUUACAAUGUAUCGAGGUCAGGAAGCAGAACACACUGUCAUAAGGAAGAGAACGCCAACCAGGCACAGAACUACAAUAACAUAUCGAAGACCACGAUCAACGCUAAUGUUAAUCCUCACGUCACACUAUCCAUUAAUCAGCCGAACAACAACUAUUCGAAAACCUCAAGCCUUACGGUCCCGGCUAACGGAAAUCUUGACGAGCUUUCAGAUCUUCUCAGGUACGCCGACGACGAAGUAUCAGAGUCAAAGUCACAGAAGGGAUCGCAAAUCUCUAUCUCACAGUUGAGUAAUGUCGCAUCGUCAGGAUACCAGAGUUUUGCUGCUUACAGUCAAAGUUCGAGUCCCGUUGAUCUGAGCAACAAUGCCAAUGCUCAUAUACUGAAUGCUGCACCGCUGGCUUUUGCGAAUCCGGUUUAUCACAUGGAAGCGACACACGGCAGGAACGAAAGGAGAGGAAGUACCAGUUCAGAGGAACGAGAUGGGGGCGGAGGAGUCGAGGGAGUCCGAGGUGUCGACCUCAGCCCAUCUCCGCCGCCACAACCGAUACGAAACGUCGCGAGGAAUGGCCAAUCUCAAUGGCGAUACGCCGCCGUUGCACAUCGGACGGGCUCUGAUCAGUCGCAAGGUGUCUGUUGCCCCAAAUUGAGGCGGCGGUUAUCCCUCGACUCAACUAGAGACUUGUCUGACACCAGCGAAGAAGAGAGCUGCGCUACAAGGCGAAGCAAAUCCCGAAGCCACAAGAGUAUUGAUCAGUACGAGGUGGAAAUCGAAAGGCUGCAAAGCAGCGUAGACAGACUGAGAGCUCGUUUAGGAACUCCUGAAGAUGCAGAUGUAGACAGCACGGUGCCUGAUUCCAAGAUGAAGAGCAUUAUCUCAAGGUUGAUCACUGUGGAGGAGGAACUUCGACGAGAACAGCAAAAAAUGUCAGCAAAAUUAUCGUUCAAACAGCGCGUGAUUGACGCGCAAGAACAACAGAUCGCUGCACUGGAUGCAGCCAAUUCUCGCCUCAUAACGUCGAACACAAGAUUGUUAACUGCGCUUAGUACUCUAAAUCAACGAUACAACGCCUCUCCUCAGACCACAAACGAGGCGACAGCUCUACUCCAAAACAUUGCUGAUAUUGCUAGCGAACUGAAGAGUUCAUCGUGUUAAAUGGCUAAAUCAGAUAAUGUCUUGUCGACAUUGAGCACCGAAUUGCAUAUUGUAUACAAAUUAGUUUGAGUUGUAAUUGAGUAUAUGAAGUAAUAAUUGUUUGGCUAAUGAUUAAAUUUCGUGAGAAAAAUGUCAGUUUUCUGUUCUACUGUGGAAAAGUUUUACCCCUAACUCUAAAUAUCGUAGCAGUUCCAUUUUUCUUUUCCCUGUGAAUUCGAAGGUUUUUUUUCUUCCAACUUCUUUUUUUUUUAUUUAUUUUUUUUUUUAAUUUCUUUUUAUAUUCUUUUUUUGUAUUAUGAAUUUCGAUCGUAGGUUUUGUUUUUCAACCUAGGUAAACGUUUGACACAAUAUAAUUAGUACUUGCGUCAUUGACCUUCACGAGGAGCAAAGUAGAGGCUAUUUAGAUAUUAGGCAUUGAAAAUAGAGAUAAAUAUUUGAUAUAGAAAAAUGAUUUUUGUCAAAUUAUUGUAAUUAGCGUAGUUUAGAUUAUUUAUAUUCACAAAUACAUAUACAUAUAUAUAUAUAUAUAUG